GUGCAUCAACCCGGUCCCCACGAAAGGGGCGCUGAGAUCGCUUAAUCCUCAAACGUUAUUCGACGUAGCUACUCCACACAUUUGGACGGCGCAAGCGAACUAGGCCCGGCGCUAUGGCUCGCCGAAGGCUCCUAUCUCUGGGUGCUCUGGGGAUAUCGAUAUCUGACGAUUGAGGUGUGAUGAGGGUAUUAGGGAAUCACACUUGGAUCCCUGUGCGAAGUAUAUGUAGGUGCAGGGAACCCAGGUAUGCGGAGCUCGCAUCCUUAAGCAGUUGACUUCAUCGGAACCAUCUCUUCUCGCGAAACAUCAACGUUGUCAAGUCAUGUCCGUACUCAAGUCCAAGCUCGCUCCCCACUUCCGCCUCAGGGUCCCCUUUGAGAGCGGCAAGUAUGGCUCUCGCUGGUCCAACAAAGAUCUUGACCCUAUUCCCCCAGAGGAGCGAACAUGGGGCGGUAUUGAUUACUGGGCAUACUGGUGCUCUGAUAUGCUCGCCCCCCCUUUGGCAGCCACUGUCUCUAGUGUCAUGUCCUUGGGCUUCACUGCCCGAGAGACAAUUCCGAUUGUCUUCUUCGGCUUCGCCAUCUGCAGCGUCGUCAUCACUUUGACCGGAAAGAUGGGUGCGACCUAUGCUGUGCCAUUCCCUGUGAUCAUCCGAAGCAUCUUUGGCAUGUACGGAUCGUUCCCAGCUAUUUGCAUUCGAGCUUUCGUGGCUCUCAUGUGGACCGCUAUUCUUACUGUCCAAGCUGGAAACUUCUUGCAGCGCUGUAUCGAAGCGAUCUGGCCGAGCUUCAUCGAUUUCCCUAACAAAUUUCCCGAGAGCGCCGGCGUUACGUCUGCCGAGCUCCUAUGUAUCUUCCUCUACUGGUUCUGCCAGACAGGGCUUGCACUAAUGCCGAUCUCCAAGCUCAGAAUCCUGUUCUGGGUCAAAGGCGUCGUGGUCCCACCGACUUUCUUCGCCUUGUUCCUCUGGGCUGUCAUUGUCACGAAAGGCGGCGGAGAGCUCGUAACCGGCCAAUACAAAAUCACUUCGACCUACAUGAACACCGCAUACUCCGCUUUGACCGGCCUCAACGUGAUCAUCGGACUUUUCAGCUCGUUGGCUGUCAACAUGCCAGAUUUUGGUCGAUUCUCGAAGAACCGUCUCAAGGGACCUCACCAAUUUCUUGCCCUUCCUAUCAUAGGCACACUAGGAGCACUGACGCCAAUCUUCGUAACCUCUGCGCACUCCUAUCUGUGGGGCGAAUUCCAAUGGUACAUGCCGUUAGUCAUUGCCAAGUUCGAUUCUCGGGCGGCCAAAUUCUUUGUCUCCGCCAGCUUCAUGCUUGCGACCAUCGGCAACCAGAUUGCCGCCGGCACAUACCCCUUCUCCAACGACGUCACCGGAAUGGCACCAAAGUACAUCAACAUAUUCCGCGCAACUAUCUUUAUCAGCCUCUUCUGCAUUGUGUCGACCCCAUGGAACAUCAUCAAGAACGCUGCUGGGCUCCUGGCCUUCCUUUCUGGAUAUUCCUGCUUGAUGGGCCCGCUCGCCGGCACCAUGGUGUGCGACUACUACAUCAUCAAGAAGCGCAAGCUCGAUAUCGAUCAACUUUACACUGACCGCGGUAUCUACUGGUAUAGUGGCGGCUGGAACUGGCGUGCAUAUGUCUCUUUCAUCACCGGGUUCGCCCCUCUCUUGCCAGGCUUCGCGAAGAGCAUCGAACCUACCCUCAACGUUGGCGGCGCUUGGAAAAUAUAUUCGUUCGCCUGGAUUUUCGGCUUCUUUUUAUCUAUGCUGGUACACUAUGUCAUUUGUACCUAUGUCUCGCCACCGACGGAGUCCAUUAUUGAAGAGGCGGUCUAUCCACCGCAGAAGGGCGAUGUGAGCCCACCGGUUCUCGAAGGAGAGGAUGGCGAGGCAAAGACUGCGUACGUGGCGAAGGAGAAGGAGACUUCUGAUAUGGUCUAGGCCGGGAGCUCCGUGUAAUUGGUGAUCACACAGGGUGUUCUGGUAGGCUGGAGGAUGAGCCGGGUCUCUAUUGCCUGUGCGAUAUACGCGAUUCUUAUGAUAACUGUCAAUCUUUAACGAACCUGCUGGCUCAUGGGAGAAUUUAGCAUGAUAGAGCUCAUGAGGCUUGGCUGCGGUUUGCAUUAGGAAUGGG